CGCCUACACACAUUGGACUCAGGUACUGAGAGCCGCCACCAGUAAGCCAAGGAUUGAUCCUGCGCUAGGGAGAGCUGAUGAAAUUGAGGGUGUGGUGGCUGACAAUUUACAACAUCACGAAGCAACUAAGUGAAUACAGACAACAUCAAAAGAAACAUACGGACUAGGAGAAAAUGAACAAAGUUUCGUCAGUCUUACUCCCACAACCCAUGGGCCCCGUUCCCAAACAUCAGCAUAAGUGGGGAUCGAACAUCCAGUCAUGCCGAAAUGCCGGCCGCCGGCUUACACGGCCUUCCUGAUACAUUGGUACGGAUUGCCUACAUUACAAUUACGGAGCAAAUACCCUCCGCGCUACAACGGAUGAGGCCUACGCGGGAACGGGCCGGUCUGACGUAACAUGCGGGUUUUCUCUACCAGCCUUGGAAGUGUUUCCGAGUGGUAUAAACACGCCGACGGGUAACUAGUCAGGUUGGAAGAAGAACUAACUAGCCGGGCACAACCUGGGGCUGUAACCAGUCGGAGAUAUGCUUACUCCUAUGCAACGCGACGACUAGUAAGAAAGCAGCAGGAACAGGGUCUAAGCCGCGAGGCCAGAUCACGGCUUACUCGCUCAGCCCUAUGAACUGAUCAAUCAACGCUAACGGCAUCGGUGCCAUUGCUGACACGAGGCCUUGAUCAUUCUACAGUUACUCGACUAGGCAGGUAACGACUCUGGGUAUCGAAACACAACACAACGUCUGAAACGGCAUUGUUUCUCAACCCUUCAGAAAAUCUCCUUUGGAAAAUGAUAAUCUGCAAGGGCACUCAUUGAGGACGUCACCUUCAGCUCCUUUCAUGACGGUCGUUGGCUGGGUUUGAGCAUGUUUAUAUCAGACGGAGGUUGGGCCUCGGGAUCGCGCUCUCGCGCUUUCUUCCAAGUCCGAAGGUUGUUUGACGCAUAUCAGCUGAUGUGGCGUGUAUCCCGGUUGUCUUUGAAGACGCUUUAUUGUCAAAUGAUAUCUAGGCGGUGAUAAGCAUUUUGCACUUCUGACCUAUAGAAUUACAUGCCACUCAAAUCUCACACAUGCUAUUUCUUAUCUUGGAAAAUCUGACUGAAAAAUCUCACCCCGUUUGAUGGGUUCUUUUGUUUUUCAAGUCGGAUUAGUCAAGAACGGAAAGUAUGAUGAGUUACAUAGGCUACAUCGAGAGAAGCAUGAAGCCCAAGUAACAUUCGGCUACAAUUCUAGUUGUCAGUCAUCUGUGAGGCAAUCAGUGGACAUAUACUUGUUACUAACGUUCUACUUCAAACUCUCAAUGUAACUCGGCGGCUGUUAUUGGUAUUCUUUGCUUUCUAUAGCCUAACCAACUUCAGGGGAAUUAGAUAGUUCCCAUUGUUGGCAGCAACCUUGGAACCAUUACAACGGAUCUAGUCACCCGGAGAGAGAACGCAACAAGUAUAAAUCGGUCCUAACUCAAUCCUAUGUCCGCGAACUACUCGCGGAUAUAAACAAACAUCGGCCCCAGAUCUCAACGUCAAUCUGACAAUACCAACAGUGAGUGUCGGCUAUAUGCUAUGCAUGAAAGAUUACAACCCACCAUCUCUAACGAAUCGGCCGACUACCACGCACCAUCUAUUUCACAAGUCUCGAACUCAUCUCUGCAUAGAUAAUGCAACAUUUGCUGUCAACAGUUUCUUCAUGAACCCCAUGUCUAUCUCUCCAAACGAUGUCGCACAAGAUUGCGCGCGGCACGGCAAACUUGUUCUCGCCGAUCCCGAUUCUCUGUGUAACUCGACCCAGAGCCCUUCCGUCUUUCGGUCAUUGCUGGCUAUGAUAUCAGUAAUCUUAAGCGGGCAAAGAGGAGGCCAGACCUUCCGAGCUGACGAGAUGUGCCCCCACGAGUAUUUGAGUGGCAGGGCGACUGACGUGCAUAUCAUUGACGGGAUACUACGUUGUGAUGUCACGACACAACUGCAAGAGUUGGCAGGGAGAUGCUAAAUGAUGCAUGUUUCUCUGGUUAUAUGGAUGUUGUGGAGUGUGUUCAUGCAGUAUCACCAAGAAGUUGUCGACAGGUUGACGAUAAUCGGACAUAGAAGAUCCCCCGAUCUCAUAUGCCAAAGCAACUUUAGUUGGUUUCAGUAGAAUAAACCACAGAGCUAAGUGGUAUGCGAACUUUGCUGUAAGUGUCUCUACCAUGACAGCGGAAGCGAUCCCAGUCAUGACAGUCCAAGCACACAGCAGAAUGCAACGCGGUGAUCUUGUUAUAACCUGUGUAUCUUUCCGUAUGUCUGGAAGACUCAUGUUGGCAAUGAUCGUAGGUCUUCUCCCCGGUCUCCCAAAACUGUCAAAGCCCCGUUCGGGGAGGUAACAAUGAGGGGUUGUUUAAGCUACGCACUGAGACAUACAGACGGUAUUAUAUCGGCAUAUGUUGCAGCUCCGAUAUGAUACGGAUAUCAUAUAUCGAGUUCUGUUUCAACUGAAACAUCAGAAUCCCGCCAAUCUAUUGUUUCGUUUAUUCUUGUUAGCGUUUACCCCUGAGCAGGCAAAAUUCCUAUGCUCCCUAUUCCUUACCUGGAGGCAAACGGCAUUCUUUGGACGAGUCUGUCUUUGUACUCCUUUAUCGGAGAUUAUAUGACACAACAUAUUCUCUCCUCCAAUUCAGGGUCCACGCAGCAUAACGCUGCAUAACCAAAACCCCUGUCUCUUCCCUCGCCAUCAGUUGCCUUUAUAGCGUCUCACAACUUAGCGGCGAUCUCGAGAGACUCGCUCUUCUCCUUCAAUCGGCGGGUAGACGAUGGGGACUCUAUUUGCGCUCUGCCCAAGGUGCCGAGUUACACAAUCUACUUUGUGAGAGGAUAACCCCAUAUCCUGGAUGGG